AUGUAUCGUCAAGUAUUGGUACACCCUUCGCAAACAUCACUACAGAGAAUACUGUGGCGAGCUGAUCCAAUGGCAGACGUCGAAACAUAUGAAUUGGCCACGGUCACCUAUGGUACGUCAUCAGCUUCAUUUCUGGUAACUAGGUGCUUGAAACAUCUGGCGGAACAAUACUCAACAAAGUACCCAUUGGCUUCAAAAUGUAUCAGCCGUGACUUUUACGUCGAUGACCUUUUGACCGGAGCGGACACUAUCCAAGAAGCGGCAUCCAUACAAGAUCAGACAAUUCAACUACUGAAAAAGGGACAAUUUGAGCUUGACAAGUGGGCUUCAAACUGUCCACAAUUGUUAGAUUCAUUAAACAAUAAAAACUGCGAACCAAUAAACAUUGACGACGGCGUUAGCACACACAUCCUAGGCAUACAAUGGAAUCAAGCAUCCGACACGUUUCAUUUUUCUUACGAACCCGGGGAGGGUCACGCUAAGAUAUCUAAGCGCACUAUAUUGUCAGACAUCUCCAAGCUGUUUGAUCCACUAGGACUUCUUGGUCCAACCAUUGUCAUUGCCAAACUAAUUUUGCAGGAAUUGUGGCGUUCUGACGUCCAGUGGGAUGAGUCUGUACCGCAAACCAUACACUCUCGCUGGUUAACAUUUAAAUCGCAGCUUGAGGAGUUAAACCAACUGUCCAUCCAACGAUGCGUUAAACCUGGUACGAGCCGACAACACAUGCAGAUACACGGCUUCUGUGACGCAAGCAAGGACGCCUACGGAGCCUGUGUAUACAUUCGAACGGAGACCAGCCCCAAUGACUAUCUCGUUGCAUUACUCUGCUCUAAAUCCCGGGUCGCUCCCAUUAAAACAUUAUCAAUACCUCGACUGGAAUUAUCCGCAGCACUGCUACUGGCGCGGUUAAUCGGGAAGAUCAAAAUCUCAAUAGACAUUUCGGAUGUUCCAACAUUUCUGUGGUCCGACUCAACUAUAGCCCUUAAUUGGAUCGGCUCAUCAUCUCGUAAAUGGUCCGUUUUUGUGGCAAACCGAAUAGGCGAGAUACAACGACUAACUCAUCCUGAAAACUGGUGUCACGUACCAUCUACCCAGAAUCCAGCCGACAUAUUAUCCAGAGUUUUAAAUCCGCGCGAAUUGAUCAAUGCAGGUAUGUGGUGGAGCGGUCCCAGCUUCUUACAGAAUGACGACAGUCACUGGCCCGACAACAAUUAUCCCAGCUUGGACGACGACGCACCGGAACUGCGGAAAACCUGUACUGCCGUAACUACACUUAAUUGCAAUAUUGUAAACUCACUGCUGGACAGGAGCUCUAACUUGGACAAGGUCUGCCGCAUCUUAGCGUAUGGUCUAAGAUUUCUGAAAGUGCACGCAAGACCGUCCACGACUUUCGUAUCGCACGAAGAAAUAAACAAGGCCUUACAUCUAAUGGUUAAAUUGGUACAACGGCAAUCCUUCUCCGAAGAGUACAAGGAGCUAAGCAGGGGCAAGCUAGUCCAUUCGUCAAGCAGAAUUCAAUCGCUAAAUCCGUACGUAGAUGACGAGGGAAUAAUCAGGGUUGGGGGCCGCCUGAAGAACGCCAACUUACCAUUUGACGCGUGCCACCCAAUUCUCCUACCCAAGGAUCACGAGCUGACCAAACGAAUUAUUAUUCAACAGCACCUUCGCUACAUGCACGCAGGAGUGCAAGCUACCAUGGCCGCAGUCAGGGAACUUUUUUGGCCCUUGUCCUUGCGAUCAACGACGCGUAAAAUCCUUUUGAAUUGCAUUAAAUGCUUCAAAGUCAAACCAGUCAUUUCCGAAGCAUUAAUGGGAUCAUUGCCCCCGGGUCGUGUAACAGCCUCCAAACCAUUCUCGCAUUGUGGUGUAGACUAUGCUGGACCGCUUGUCUUACGGGAAGGCAAACGGCGAAAUGCCAGGAAUCAUAAGGCCUACGUGGCCAUUUUCGUUUGUUUCGCAACCAAGGCGGUACACGUGGAGCUCGUGAGCGAUUUGACUUCUGAAGCGUUCAUAGCUGCGUUCAAACGCUUCAUAUCACGUAGGGGCAAACCCUCUCACAUCUAUUCCGAUAAUGGCACAACAUUCGUUGGUGCACAAAAUCAAUUGAAGGAGCUGUUUGAUUUCCUAAAUAAGGAACAAGUAUUGGACGAUGUCAAACAGUUCUUUCGACUUCAGCAAACGUCAUGGACGUUCAUACCCUCUAAUGCUCCUCACUGCGGUGGCUUAUGGGAAGCCGCGGUGAAGUCCGUAAAGUAUCAUUUGACCCGCGUCGUCGGUAGAGCUCACUUAACUUUCGAAGAGAUGCAAACAAUACUCUGCGAAAUCGAGUCAAUCCUGAAUUCACGACCACUCACCGCCUUGAGUGCAGAUCCAAAUGAUUUAUCGUAUUUAAGCCCAGGUCACUUUCUGAUUGGUACCACUAUGAACAGUCUCCCUUCGCAUGACUUGACUGAUAUACAGGAAAACCGCUUAAUACGCUGGCAGCGGAUUGAGCAACUUAAGCAGCAUUUUUGGCGCCGUUGGAGCCAUGAAUAUCUUCACUUGUUGCAAGCGCGUCCCAAAUAG